CCACCCCGUACACGAUCGCCGACGAUCGCACGCAAAUCGCCAAGCCUACCACCCGCGACACAACCCGACAGCUUACACAUGCCCAUCCGCUGGUCCGUCGCCGGCAAGUCCGGCGCCGCGGCCGCCGUCGUGCACCUCCCGCACGGCGCGCGCAUAAAGGCGGAGCCUGACGCGCUCAUCACCAUGUCUGGCGGGGUGGAGGUCGGCGCGUGUAUGGACGGCGGUUUCGUCGGCGGCCUCUUGCGGUCGGCGCUCGGCGGCGAGUCGCUCUUCUCGCAGACUCUCUCCGCCAGCCGCUCGGACGGCGAGGUGGUGCUCGGCGCGACCGAUGUCGGCGACAUCGAGCUCGUGCGGCUGCAGCCUCACGCGCCGCUUCUGCUGAGCAAGGGCGCGUUUCUCGCGGCGGACGAGGCGGUGGAGGUGUCCACCUCGACGCAGCGGACGGUGGGCGGCGCCCUCUUCUCGGGCUCGGGCCUCUUUGUCCUGCGGGCGAGCGGGCAGGGCACGCUGGCGCUCGCCGCCCACGGCGCAAUCAUGAGCUACACGCUCGAGCCUGGAGAGGUGCGCGCCGUCGACAACGGCCACCUCGUCGGCUGGACGGAAGGCAUGCCGCUGGAGAUGCGGCUCGCGGGCGGCGCGGGCCGCGGCUCGCUCCUCUCCACCGCCUUCUCGUCCGCAGCCUCGGGCGAGGGCCUGGUGUGCUCCGUUCACCGUGCGUCCACGACACGUCCACGACAUGUCGACGACACGUCCACAGGCGAGGGCCUGAUGUGCUUCUUUCAC